UCUUCAUCCCCCUUUGGCGCGCACUAGUUCUUUUGCUCCAUACGCCGGAUAAGUUGUCUAUUCUAAUCUUCCGGCGAAGAACGACGUGGAUUGCUUCAUCCGGAUGCGGAGUUUCUGUUUCUGCGGAAGUCAAACUUGAAAUUAAAAGGGGCAGAAAGUUGCAGCCGAUGACAGAGCUCAAGAGGAGAGCCUCAUCUCUUGAAGGAGGGGCCAAUAAUUGCGAUGCCAUAAAGAAAUAUAGGACGGAGGGGGCCAUGCCUAGAGCUUCUAUAAAGGCAAGGAAUGAAAAAUUCAGCGAGAAGAUCACGGCCCUCCAGCAACUCGUUUCUCCCUUCGGCAAGACGGACACAGCUUCGGUUCUUACGGAGGCCAUGGGAUACAUCAAGUUCCUCCAUGACCAAAUACAGGUUUUAAGUGCACCAUAUCUGCGGGGAACUCCGGUGGAACAACUACAGGCAAUAGAUUGCUCGUUGAGAAGCAGAGGCCUGUGCCUUGUGCCCAUCUCUUACACCCUCAAUGUGGCGCAGAGCAAUGGAGCAGACAUCUGGGCACCUGUCAUGGCAAACCCUAAGUUUUGACGUCAUCAACUUCCGUAACCUGCGUAUUCAAUAAGUUAAUCUUUAGUGUUUGGUGAGUGGUCAGCAAAAGAUUGGAAGUAGUUAGAGAAAUUGGGAGCACCUGAAAAACGGAUAAAGAAGUGAAGAUGGCAACUAACAACUGAAGGGUAAUCCAAUGCAUUGUGUGUCCGAGCUGAUAAAAUAAGUUUGAAGAGCCAGGAGUGGUUCUCGGCGAUUUUUGCGGCUGACAGAAAUGUUACUAAUCCAACUAAGAAGUACAACUUUGAUCUUAAUAUGUGGAAAUAGUUGAAGGGGGUUAUUGUUUUACUAGAUAUUGUAUUUAGUAAGAUUCGUGUAUGUAAUGCAUGUACUCAUGUAACAAUAUCUCUUUGUAUAUAGGGGAAUAUGAUCCUUAAAAGGGUUCUGCUUUC